AUGGUACGACAAAAUCGCAAGUCCGCAAAUCUCGAGGACCGUAAUCUUGUGUACGCAGAUCUAAAGUCCCAUAAUCUUGGAAACCAAAAUCUUGGAGACCAAAAUCUUGGAAACCACAAUCUUGAAAAGUAAAAAUCAACGCUUUGGCGAAUAGAUUUUAUCAGAAAUUGUAUUCGGUGAUCCAAACAAGAGAAUAUAAGUAGAUAAAAAUGCAAUAAAGAAGACUAAAAAAAGGAAGAUUAUUCUUCAAAUAAAAAUUCUUCAAGUUAUCAAAAAUUCACUUUCUUCAUUGCUCAUACUAAAGGUUUAAAAAAUAAAAAAAUAAAAAAACCAGUUUAUUUUCAGAUUUUCUUCCUGUUUAUCUCUUUUCACUGGAAUGUUCUAGAUCCAUGCCGCUUUUUUCACAAUUUAGUUUGUUUCUAGCUCCAAAAAGGUUGCAAUUCGAAAACUCCUUUUUUUUUCUGUGUGCGAUUCGUUGGUUGAAGCGCUAAUCAGCCGGUGAGCCGACAUCACAGUCCAGCACGAUGUCCGCAGGCGGAAAUGACCGGUGUUUACCUUCGCGUCGGAGCGCCGGAGCCGCUCAUUCAUGGCUCGUGCUCUACAGUUGCUCGGCUCCGUGCUCCUGCUCCAUUUCUCGCGAGCUCAGGAGGUCCCGCGCGGUGACGUCAUCCCUGACUCAUGGACUUUUUACAAGUUCUACAUGGUUAGUAGACCACUUUUGCAACGAAGAGGGUCUUUUUUUUAGAGAUUAUGCGUUGAAUUAAAUUUUAUCUUACCUUUUUUUUAAAACCCUGUAGUGCACUUAUUUCCUCCUAUUUAUGAGGACCUUUUUUCGGUUGUGAUUUUGAAGUUCUCCGUUCAUUUUUCUUCGAUUUUUUUUUUGUUCCGGAGAUGAAAAUGUGCAAGUUUCUGUGAAGAUUGCCAAGUUUUCCUGAAAUUAUAUUUUACUGAGCCACGAAAGAGUCAUUUGUGAAAUUUAGGUUUUAGAAAAAUCUUUCGAAGUUCUUCUCUUCAUUUCUCUCGAAAAAUUCCGUUCUUUACAUUUCUUUCUGUCAGCGGCCUUUUUACGAGCUUCCAAGGAGUGUGAGCCCACCAAGCAGAGCAAAAAAAGUCCGUUAAAAUGACAUAAGGAACUUGUCUGGCUGGGCAAAUCUUUGCGUAACUUGAUGAGCUUUGGCACGUGAAUGAUGGGCUUUUCGAACAAAACGAGCUGUUUCUUCAGGGGCUUCCAUUAACGCCAGAAGAGCCGCCCCAAUAUCCGGCGCCGAUUUAUGCGAGGUUGACGGCUUUCCUUGGGAAAACGUUGUUCGUUUCAGGCAGCAGAAAAACCAAUCUCCGGAAGCGAGAAGAUGGGCGAUGCAGCUGUCGAACAAGCUUCGCAAGUCCGCCGCCAAGCUCGAGGAGGAGCGGCUCAAGUUUGAGAAGACCGUCAGAAAAAGCGGAAUCGAAAUGAAGGUGCCCUGAAUACAGUUUAGAUACUGAAAUAUGCUCACCAAUAGCUUUUCAUGAAAAGAUAUAUGUUACUGUGACUUCUUAUAAAACUCAGUUCAUUAUCAAGUUUCUCUGAAUUACUGGGCCAGCGAUUGAAAGUUGUCUUUCAGAACAAAUUCGAUAACAUGAGGAAAAAAAUGGAAGCGCGGCAUGAGAAAAUACGCAUCGGCUUUGCUAAGUUUAUGCCGUACGGGCAACAGGUUAGACUACAUUUUCUGAGAUAUUCUGGCAGUUUUUCUGCAGAAUGUUAAACAAGAAAAGAAGACGUUAGAAGCACAGAGAGUGACGUCAUCGACGACGACUUCAACAGAACCACCAGUAGCUCUUCCGCUUCAGAAUGCCGACGUUGUAGACAGGUUUCCUUUUUUUUUGUUGGUUUUCAAUCAUUCGAAUAACAGACUUGUUUAAAAACCGUGCUGAAAAUUUUGGAAGCGCGAGAUCCAUUUCUGAGCUGGAUUAACACAGCAGAAGCGUUUUUUUCUGUAAAUUAUCCUUGUCAUUUUAAGUAAACACAGCGUCAAGGAUUUCUGAACAGACUGAUAGUAAACUUUUUGCAUUCUAAAAUUCACUAAUUUCACCUAUUUUCUCCCGUUUGAGAUCAUAAAAUUGCAUUUAAUGUUUAAAAACCUUUUUUUUCAAGCUUUCGGUGUGUUUCCUAGUUUUUAUCGGUUUUCUGUAUUUUCCAAUUGUUUAUUUUAAGCCGAAACGAUCGGAAAUUGCUUCUUUCUGUGCAUCGAAAUAUUUUGCAGGAAAGAGCCGGAAAGGUCUGCUUUGGUCGAGGCGCGGACCAUCCGCGUCUCUCCAACCGGCGAGUUCGUCGAAAUCUAA